CGAGUCAUUAGGUCGAUGGUUUCCGUGGAGAUUGCAGCUCUUUCAGUUGUCGCGUUUCUGCUUCUAUUGCUGCUACUCCUCUGGACUCUCCUCUCUUCAUGUAUGGCGUCUGCCCUGAGGAGGCUGUUAUCUGCUAUCCUGCCCACCUCCACAGACCAAGGAAAUAGCGGCGACAAUCCGACAGUUGGAACUCCACAAACACCUGGAAUCGUAAUUGAAGAUUUCGAUAAAGGGAUGGCCGACGUCAGUCAGAACGGUGAUAAGUCGGGCGUCAAUUUCAUCGUCGGUGAUGAAGAUGGCGAUGGACCAGGACAUGAGGAGUUCGAACGCCGCGGGGGAGAUUCCUUCCCAACCGAAAAUGGGCCACUUCAAGUCAACUCGGGUCUCGGAAGUAAGAACAACUCUUACAACAACAUGUUUGGACUGGCCGAGCGCAGGAAGAGAUUACGGCCCAGUAUGUCUCAGGGAACGGUUAUCCACAAGGGCAUCAUGGACAAAGAUUUCACCGUCGGAACACCGGAAGAAUUCGUCCGCAGAUUCAAGGGAACCCGUGUUAUCAAUAAGGUUUUGAUUGCCAACAACGGUAUCGCUGCCGUCAAAUGCAUGAGAUCUGUCCGCAGAUGGUCUUACGAAAUGUUCAAGAAUGAGAGAGCCAUCAGAUUCGUUGUAAUGGUCACACCAGAAGAUUUGAAAGCAAACGCUGAGUAUAUAAAGAUGGCUGAUCAUUACGUGCCUGUACCCGGAGGAACAAACAACAAUAACUAUGCCAAUGUUGAAUUAGUCGUGGACAUCGCAGUCAGAACUCAAGCACAGGCUGUUUGGGCCGGAUGGGGUCACGCAUCAGAAUAUCCUAAACUACCCGAACUCCUACACAAGAACAAUAUCGCUUUCAUUGGACCACCAGAAAAAGCUAUGUGGGCUCUGGGAGACAAGAUUGCAUCCAGCAUUGUUGCACAGACGGCCGAAAUCCCAACUCUUCCUUGGUCCGGAUCAGAACUUAGAGCUCAAUAUUCUGGAAAGAAAAUUAAGAUCAGUUCUGAACUGUACAAGAAGGGAUGUGUUGCAUCAGUUGAUGAAGGAUUGGCCUCUGCUCAGAAAAUUGGAUUUCCUGUGAUGAUCAAGGCUAGUGAAGGAGGUGGUGGCAAGGGAAUCAGAAAAGUCGAAAGUUCUGAAGAGUUCCCAAAUCUUUUCAGACAGGUGCAAUCGGAAGUUCCCGGAUCUCCGAUUUUCAUAAUGAAGUUGGCGAGCUGUGCCCGUCACUUGGAAGUGCAGUUGCUGGCUGACCAGUAUGGAAACGCCAUCUCAUUGUUCGGACGUGACUGCUCCAUCCAAAGAAGACAUCAGAAGAUCAUUGAAGAAGCGCCUGCUGUCAUUGCCAGGCCUGAGGUCUUCGAGGACAUGGAAAAGGUGCAAUCGGAAGUUCCCGGAUCUCCGAUUUUCAUAAUGAAGUUGGCGAGCUGUGCCCGUCACUUGGAAGUGCAGUUGCUGGCUGACCAGUAUGGAAACGCCAUCUCGUUGUUCGGACGUGACUGCUCCAUCCAAAGAAGACAUCAGAAGAUCAUUGAAGAAGCGCCUGCUGUCAUUGCCAGGCCUGAGGUCUUCGAGGACAUGGAAAAGGUUGCUAUGGGACUGCAAUUGCAUAACAUCAAGGAUAUCCGAAUUUUGUAUGGCGAAUCACCCUGGGGAGACAGCUUGAUCGACUUUGAUGCUCCCAGGCACAAGCCUCAGCCAUGGGGUCACGUCAUUGCUGCUAGGAUCACUAGUGAAAAUCCCGAUGAAGGAUUCAAGCCAAGUUCUGGAACAGUGCAAGAGUUGAACUUCAGAUCAUCGAAGAAUGUAUGGGGAUAUUUCAGUGUGGGUGCUUCUGGAGGUCUCCAUGAAUUCGCUGACUCACAAUUCGGUCAUUGUUUCUCAUGGGGCGAAAACAGAGAGCAGGCUCGAGAGAAUCUUGUGAUUGCAUUGAAGGAGCUGUCAAUCCGAGGAGACUUCCGAACAACCGUCGAAUACUUGAUCACUCUUCUAGAAACGGAGAGCUUCCAGGCCAAUACCAUAGAUACAGCCUGGCUGGAUAUCCUAAUCGCUGAACGUGUGCAAUCAGAGAAGCCAGAUAUUCUGCUUGGUGUGAUUUGUGGCGCUCUUCAUAUUGCUGAUAGGACUGUACUCCGAAAUUUCCAAGAGUUCCAGAACUCUCUUGAAAGAGGACAAAUCCAGGGAACAACAAUGGUGGAACAUGAUGUAAAUGUUGAGCUCAUCCAUGACGAUCUUAAAUACAAAGUUUCGGUCACUAAAUCCGGUCCAACCUCUUAUUUCUUAGUGAUGAACGGUUCAUUCAAGGAAAUAGAAGUGCACAAACUUUCUGAUGGAGGUAUUCUGCUGUCAGUUGAUAACGCCAGUUUCACAACAUACAUGAGGGAAGAAGUGGACAGGUACAGAGUGAUCAUUGGAAAUCAAACUUGCGUUUUUGAAAAGGAGAACGACCCAACCCUGCUGCGCUCGCCCUCAGCUGGUAAGCUGCUCUACACCCUCAUUGAAGAUGGAGGACAUGUGGACAAGGGUCAGGCCUAUGCUGAGAUUGAGGUAAUGAAAAUGGUCAUGACUCUGACAGCCAAUGAGUCAGGAACUUUGUUCUACACAAAGAGGCCAGGUGCAGUGUUGGACCAGGGAUCCCUGAUCGGUCAUCUGGAACUGGAUGACCCAAGUCUGGUCAGAAAAGCUGUAGACUACAAGGGACAAUUCCCAGAGCUUGACCUUUCCACACCACACAUCGGUGAAAAGAUCAACCACGCUCAUAACAGCUACAGAACCAUGUUGGAGAACAUUCUUGCUGGUUACUGUUUGCCCGAUCCUUACCAUCUGGUGAGGCUGCGUGAGGUGAUUGAGAAGUACAUGACAUCGUUGAGGGACCCAACUCUGCCACUGCUUGAGCUGCAGGAGGUAAUCGCAUCGAUUUCUGGAAGAAUUCCCAUCACCGUCGAGAAGAAAAUCCGCAAACUGAUGACACUCUAUGAGAGGAACAUCACUUCAGUUCUUGCUCAGUUCCCAAGUCAGCAGAUCGCCAGUGUCAUUGACAGUCAUGCAGCAUCUUUGCAGAAAAGAGCCGAGAGAGAUAACUUCUUCCUAACCACUCAAGGCAUUGUACAGCUUGUGCAGAGAUACAGGAACGGAAUUCGUGGACGCAUGAAGUCUGCCGUUCAUGAACUUCUCAAGCAGUACUACGAGGUUGAAAGCCAAUUCCAACAAGGACAUUAUGACAAAUGUGUAUCAUCCCUCCGUGAAAAGUACAAGGAUGACAUGGCUAGCGUUACUGCUUCAAUCUUCUCACACGGACAGGUUGCUAAGAAGAACAUGCUGGUGACUAUGCUGAUCGACCACUUGUGGGCUAACGAGCCUGGGCUUACCGAUGAACUGGCAGCUACAUUGAACGAAUUGACUUCUCUAAACCGAAGCGAACACUCUAGGGUUGCUCUCCGUGCAAGACAGGUUCUGAUUGCUGCCCAUCAACCAGCUUACGAGUUGCGUCACAACCAGAUGGAGUCAAUUUUCCUGUCUGCUGUGGACAUGUAUGGACACGAUUUCCACCCAGAAAACCUGCAGAAACUGAUCCAAUCAGAGACUUCCAUCUUCGAUAUUCUGCACGAUUUCUUCUAUCACACCAACCGGCAUGUGUGCAAUGCUGCCCUUGAGGUGUAUGUGCGCAGAGUGUACAUUUCUUACGAUCUGACCUGCGUUCAGCACUGCGAGUUGUCCGGCGAAGUGCCAGUUGUUCACUUCCAGUUCCUUUUGCCUUCCUCUCAUCCAAACAGACAGAAGGUGAAAGACGACUUAGCAGCAGCGGCUGCAGCCGCAGCAGCAGCUGGAGCGGACGGAGACAUAGUGGAGCCAUCCUCCUCGGGGAGCCCCAUCAUCCUCCACAGCUACCAGAGAACCGGCUGCAUGGCGGCUUUCGAAUCGUUCGCACAGUUCGAAACCUACGCCGACGAAAUCCUCGACCUCCUGGAGGAAUUCGCUUCACCCGCCACCGUUUCACCCAAGAUCAUCGAGGCAGUGGAGAGCGGCAGCGAGUCGCGCAUGAGCACUUCCAUCAACGUUUCCAUCUCAAUGGGAGACAGCCGUCCCGCCGGUCAGGAUGAGAACACUAAGAUCGAGCCCAUUCAUAUUUUGUGCAUCGCUGUCAAAGACAACGGCGACCUCGAGGAUGCCAAGUUGAGCCGCAUGUUUGGUGAUUUCUGCGCCAAGAACCGCGAGGAACUGAAACAGCGGUCCAUCAGAAGGAUCACUUUCCUUGCUUUGAACAGACGCCAGUUCCCGAAACUGUUCACCUUCCGCAAUUGUGACAACUUCAUGGAGGACAGGAUUUACAGACAUCUUGAGCCUGGCAUGGCUUUCCAACUGGAGUUGAACCGUAUGAAGACUUACGACCUGGAGGCUCUACCAACUGCCAACCGAAAAAUGUACUUGUACUUGGGAAAAGCAAAGGUUGCCAAAGGACAGGAAGUCACAGAUUUCAGAUUCUUCAUCCGCUCAAUCAUCCGUCACUCGGACCUUAUCACAAAGGAAGCUUCGUUCGAGUACCUGCAGAACGAAGGAGAGCGUGUCCUGCUAGAAGCCAUGGAUGAACUGGAGGUGGCCUUCAGUCAUCCCCAGGCCAAGCGCACAGAUUGCAACCACAUAUUCCUCAACUUUGUGCCAACUGUCAUCAUGGAUCCUGCCAAGAUUGAAGAAAGCGUUACAAACAUGGUGCUGAGAUACGGACCUCGCUUGUGGAAGCUGCGUGUUCUACAGGCUGAACUGCGCAUGACCAUCCGUCAGGCACCCAACGCCAAAACUUCCAACAUUCGUCUUUGUCUGGCCAAUGACAGUGGAUACUAUCUCGAUCUCUGUCUGUACAAGGAAGUCGUUGAUCCAAAAACCGGCGUUAUCAAACUGGAAAGCUAUGGACCAAAGGUUGGACCCAUGCACGGACUCCCUGUGUCAACACCGUAUGUCACCAAGGAUUAUCUGCAGCAAAAGCGAUUCCAGGCUCAGAAUAUUGGCACAACCUAUGUCUAUGAUUUCCCUGACAUGUUCCGUCAAAUGACUGAGAAGUUAUGGAAGGAAUAUAUCGAUGAAAGACCAAACGAAAACAUUGAGAAGCCAUCACAGCUGAUGAACUGUGUGGAACUCGUAGUGGAGGAUGAUCACCUUGUUGAAAUGAAGAGAUUGCCUGGAGAAAAUAAUGUGGGUAUGGUUGCUUGGAGAAUGACGUUGAUGACUCCCGAAUACCCAGAGGGCCGUGACUUCAUUCUGAUUGCCAACGAUAUCACAUACCUGAUUGGAUCGUUUGGACCGAGGGAGGAUUUGGUGUUCCUUCUGGCUUCCCAGUACGCCAGGAAGUUGAAGAUUCCCCGCGUGUACAUAGCUGCCAACAGUGGUGCCAGAAUUGGGCUCGCGGAGGAAAUCAAGGCACUCUUCAAGAUUGCUUGGGAAGACCCAGAUGAUAUCGACAAGGGAUUCAAAUAUCUGUACCUGACACCCGAAGAUUACACAAAGAUUUCCGCUAUGAACUCGGUCAAGGCUAUUCUUAUCGAUGAUGAAGGAGAAUCACGCUACAAGAUCACAGACAUCAUUGGAAAGGAAGAUGGACUCGGUGUUGAGAACUUGCGAAAUGCUGGUUUGAUUGCUGGAGAAACAUCUCAGGCUUACAAGGAAGUCGUCACAAUCUCCAUGGUUUCAUGUCGUGCCAUUGGUAUUGGAGCCUAUUUGAUUCGUCUUGGACAGCGUGUGAUCCAGGUAGAAAAUGCAAACAUCAUUCUCACCGGAUUCAACGCUUUGAACAAGCUGCUAGGAAGAAAGGUGUAUGCAUCAAACAACCAGUUGGGAGGUAUCCAGAUCAUGCACAACAAUGGUGUUACCCACAAAAUCGAACCCCGUGACUUGGAUGGUAUCUACACUGUCUUGAAAUGGCUCUCGUAUGUACCAAAGGAUAAAAUGUCUCCCAUUCCCAUAAUCUCACCAGUUGAUCCGAUUGAGAGAGAAAUUGAGUUCAUGCCCACAAAGACUCCCUACGAUCCAAGAUGGAUGCUUGCCGGAAGACCUCAUCCAAGCAAAGCUGGAGAAUGGGAGAAGGGAUUCUUCGACACUGGCACCUGGGAGGAAAUCAUGCAGCCUUGGGCCCAGACAGUUGUGGCCGGUCGUGCUCGGUUGGGAGGAAUUCCCGUUGGAGUUAUCGCUGUAGAAACAAGGACUGUUGAGUUGGUUCUGCCAGCUGAUCCAGCCAAUAUCGACUCCGAAGCCAAGAACGUGCAACAAGCCGGUCAAGUGUGGUUCCCAGACUCGGCGUACAAGACCGCACAGGCCAUCAAAGAUUUCGCACAAGAAGACUUGCCUCUCAUCAUUUUCGCCAACUGGAGAGGUUUCUCUGGAGGAAUGAAAGAUAUGUACGAGCAAAUUCUGAAGUUCGGUUCAUACAUUGUGGACGCUCUACGUGAAUACGAGCAGCCAGUGCUGGUUUACAUCCCGCCCAACGGAGAACUGCGUGGAGGAGCCUGGGCUGUGGUCGACCCUACAAUCAACUCUAGAUACAUGGAAAUGUACGCCGAUCCUGAAUCAAGGGGAGGUGUUCUUGAAGCUGAGGGUAUCGUCGAAAUCAAAUUCAGGCCAAAGGAUCAGCUGAAGGUGAUGCAGCGUGUGGACCCAGUGGUCCGGAAGCUGAAGAGCGAUCUGCAGGCGAGCGACCUGCGCGAAGAGGAGAAGGCUAGCAUCGAGCAGAAGAUCGCCGAACGCGAGAAGAGUCUACUGCCAAUGUAUCAUCAAGUGGCGGUUCAUUUCGCCGAUCUGCACGACACACCUGAGCGUAUGCACGAGAAAGGAGCGAUCCACGAAAUCGUGCCAUGGAGAAAGUGCAGAUCGUUCCUGCACUGGAGGCUGAGGAGAUUGCUUCUUGAGAACAGCGUGAAGCGAGAUCUGGUGAAGGCACAUCCCAGCCUGAGUGAUGGUCAAGCGGAGGCCAUGCUGCGAAGAUGGUUCGUCGAAGACAAAGGAACAACUGUCGCAUACCUGUGGGAGGACAACGAGGCCGUUGUUGAAUGGUUAUCGGAACAGAAGAGCGGUGGUGUCAACUCCAUGAUUGCAAGCAAUCUGAAAUGCAUCCAACGGGAUGCCAUCAUAGAAAAGAUAAAAACUGCAUUGCAGGUGUCACCCGAUGUGACAAUGGACGCGCUUGUAGAAAUGUUCCAGACCCUCCCCGUGCACAAAAAGUCAGAAGCUGUGAGAACGUUGUCACACCUGGAGACUGUUCCGCCGGCUCCGUCUACGCCCCUCACACCUGGGGAACCUCCAGCCACACCAGAGCCCCAGCAGUCAUAAUCUGCCUGUUAAUAUUUAGCUUCGGGAAUGUACAAUUAAUCCUUUUAACUUAUACAAAUCACAUGGCAUUCUGUCCCAAUUCACAGCAAAAUUCAAAUCAAUUCGAUGAUAGUACUGCGCAUGAUCUCUGGUGCUCAACUAGAAAGUCGCCAUCUUGCUAUUCACAUCUCUAUUAGGCUACUCCUAUAACUGUAAAAUCAUAAAUAUUUGCUUUCUUUUUAAAAAGGCUGGUUAUACCAGAUCCGAUUGAAUUGAUAAGGAACUGCGUUGAUAUUAUAGUAAUAGAAUUGUUGUGUAGCUACAAUUUUACAGGUCAACUCUUUUACUGUCUGGAUAUUGUUUGUAAUUUAACCAAAUUAAGAUAUAUAUCAAGUAAUUCUCCUUUCUAUUUCGGACUGGUUGAUUGUUAAUCAGCGUUUAUUAAUAAAUCAUUGAUUGUUGAAUGUAUAAUGAAUCACAAUGCUCUGCAUUUCAGUAUCAUCGAUGUGAAAUAGUGUCAAAUUUAAUGCCAAAAUUGUAGAAAGAUUACCAGGCGUUAUACUGUUUCCAGUUUUAAUGAACAUUGAUUGUUUUUUUUGUCAAAUAUUGGCUAACGUUUUUAAUAUUUGUAUUUGCACACAAAUUAUAUAUUUUUAUUAUUUAUUUUCUAAGGCUAUUGUGGAAAUUCAAGGGAGAUGGUUGUUGUUAAUCAGGUAUUCUGCAUGUGUGUUAAGGUUGGCAUUGUUCAUAUUUGUGCAUUGUUGACAUUCAGUUUGGACGUUAUACUAUUUAAAAUUUUAUCUUUUUUAUAAAAAUUUCUAUAUCAGCCAGGAACAUAAUAAUAUUCUUAAUCAACUUUGUAUGAAAGAUUUUAGUGUAGAUUCUCUGUAAAUUAUUUUAGCGACCAUAAGAAGUUAGUGUAGCGUGUAUUAUCUAUAAUAUGCUAUAAAUGUUGUACGUACAGUAGAAAGUUUAGCAUUCGAGUGUAACACUAUUAUGCGUUACAUUCUGACGCAUCAACGGUAUACAUUUCAUUGUAUGUUCAAACGAUUCUAUUACUCACUGCAUCCAAAUACUCUAACCCAAUGAAAUACUCUUAUUAAUUAUUCAUAAAUACUCUUUAUAAUACUAGUAAACUGUUGGGAAACUUUCAGGUUUGAGCAUAUUGAACUGUAUUGAAAUGGAAUGUAUUAAAAAUACUUUUUAUCUUACGGAGCUAUGACUACAAUUAAAUGAAAAUACUCUUCUAGGCAGAUUCUAGACAAAUGUCUUUUAAUACAUACGGAGUUAUGACUACAAUGCAAAGAGAAUACCCUUCUAGGCAGAUUCUUCCGAAAUAUCAUAGAUGUAUCCUGAAAAAAUGCUUAGAUUUUGCAGUAGUAUGAUAGUAAUAAUAUAAUAUGAGAAAUAUCGUUGUACGGUUAGUUAUGACUAUGUAUGAAUUCAGGAACAAUGGUUUAAUAUCUGAACAAGGUUUCAAUAUUGUACAGAAAAUAUGGUAACUCACCAUAGGCAGUAACACUUAUACAUUUUUCUAUUGUUCUACAUAGUGCCUUUUUAAAAUUACAUAAUACAAUAUAAGUACGUA